AUGUUAAAAGACAAAAUAGACCAGCCUCCCAGUCCCUACACUGGCCUGGAGACCCAGGAUGGCUAUUUUUCCCACCGUCCAAAAGAGAAAACGCGAACAGACAGCAAUAAUGAAAACUCUGUUCCCAAGGACUUUGAAAAUGUUGAUAACAGUAACUUUGCUCCCAGGACUCAGAGGCAAAAGCACCAGCCUGAGCUGGUGAAGAAGCCCCUUAGCAAGCAGAAGGAGCACUUGAAACGGAAACUAGAGCAAGAAGAAAAGGUAAAGGAGAAUUCAUUGCUGGGAAAGAGCUCCAAUGAAGUAGUGCACUUCAGUGACCAUGCUGUAAAGAACAGUAGUAGCAGCAACUUGAAGGAAAUUCACAGGUCUCCCAGACAGCACCAUAUAAAAAAGAAUGGGAACAGCUCACCUGAAAUAAAGUAUGACCAAGAGCCAAGAUGUGAGAUCUCGGGCAAGGAGGCAAUCUCAGCUCUGUCCCGAUCCAAGUCAAAGCAGUGUCGGCAGGAGAUUGCAGAGAUAUACUGUCAACACAAGCAAGGGAAGCUGAUGCCAGAGAUGGUUACACGGCUUUGUCCCCUGGAGGGAAAAGUCAACAACAAUGUACAAUGGGAUGAGGACUCCAUAGAAUACAUGCCAGCCAACCCAGUCAGGAUCGCAUUUGUCUUGGUUGUUCAUGGCAGAGCUUCCCGGCAGCUCCAACGCAUGUUUAAGGCUAUUUACCAUAAAGACCAUUUUUAUUACAUUCAUGUUGACAAGCGAUCCAAUUACUUAUACCGACAAGUGCUCCAGUUUGCUAGCCAGUACCCGAAUGUGAGAGUCACUUCUUGGCGAAUGGCAACUAUCUGGGGAGGAGCAAGUCUUCUGUCCACCUACCUACAGAGUAUGAGGGAUUUAGUGGAGAUGAAUGACUGGCCGUGGGAUUUCUUCAUUAACCUUAGUGCUGCCGACUACCCAAUCAGGACAAAUGACCAGCUGGUAGCAUUCCUAUCCAGAUAUCGAGAUAUGAACUUCUUGAAGUCACAUGGGAGGGAUAAUGCAAGGUUUAUUAGAAAACAGGGUCUGGAUAGGCUUUUCCUGGAAUGUGAUACUCACAUGUGGCGCCUUGGAGACCGGAAAAUCCCAGAAGGAAUCACUGUAGAUGGAGGAUCAGACUGGUUCCUACUGAACAGGAAGUUUGUAGAGUAUGUCAUUUUCUCCGAUGAUGAUCUGGUGACGAAGAUGAAGAGGUUUUACUCUUACACAUUGCUUCCUGCUGAGUCUUUCUUUCAUACUGUCCUGGAAAAUAGCCCUUACUGUGAUUCCAUGGUGGACAACAACUUGCGGAUCACUAACUGGAACCGUAAACUGGGCUGCAAAUGUCAGUACAAGCACAUUGUGGACUGGUGUGGCUGUUCACCUAAUGAUUUCAAACCUGCAGACUUCCACAGAUUCCAGCAGACUGCCAGGCCAACGUUCUUUGCCCGCAAAUUUGAAGCUGUGGUGAAUCAAGAAAUAAUUGGCCAAUUGGAUUAUUAUUUGUAUGGCAACUAUCCAUCUGGCACACCAGGCCUCCGGUCGUACUGGGAGAAUGUGUAUGAUGAGCCUGAUGGUAUUCACAGCAUCAGUGACAUUACGCUGACCAUGUACCACUCAUUUUCCCGCCUGGGCCUAAGGAGAGCUGAGACUUCAUUUCACACUGAUGGAGACAACAGCUGCCGGUAUUAUCCUAUGGGCCAUCCAGUUUCUGUCCAUCUCUACUUCCUUGCUGACCGUUUUCAGGGCUUCCUAAUCAAACAUCAUGCAACCAAUCUGGCUGUCAGUAAACUAGAAACUUUGGAAACUUGGGUGAUGCCGAAGAAAGUGUUUAAAAUUGCCAGUCCACCGAGUGAUUUUGGAAGGCUGCAGUUCUCAGAGAUUGGCACUGAGUGGGAUGCCAAGGAAAGAGUAUUUCGGAACUUCGGAGGACUUAUUGGGCCAAUGGACGAGCCCAUUGGCAUGCAGAAGUGGGGGAAAGGCCCAAAUGUCACAGUUACUGUGAUCUGGGUGGAUCCAGUCAAUGUCAUCGCAGCUACGUAUGAUAUUCUUAUAGAAUCUAGCGCAGAAUUUACUCACUACAAACCACCAUUGAAUUUACCACUACGGCCUGGAGUCUGGACAAUUAAAAUUCUGCACCACUGGGUUCCUGUAGCUGAAACCAAAUUCCUUGUUUCUCCUCUGACAUUCUCCAACAGGCAGCCUAUCAAGCAAGAGGAAACCAUGAAGUUGCACAGUGGACCUCCUAAGAACGCAUAUAUGGAACAGAGUUUCCAAGGCUUGAAUCCAGUUUUAAAUAUCCCGGUCAGUGCAGGUCAAGUGGACCAGGCCAAAAAGAACGCAGCACUCUUAGGCGCCAAGCUGGAGAACUGGGUUGACACCUUGGCCAGCAGCAUGUGGUCAGCAGUGGAUAUCUGUAGCACAGGCCCAACUUCCUGUCCUGUUAUGCAGGCUUGCAGUCAGACAGCAUGGAGCUCACUUAGCCCAGACCCCAAGUCCGAGCUUGGCCCCAUGAAACCUGAUGGGCGUCUGAGACCUGCCAGGGUUCAUGAAGGAUAGUUCUAAGAUUGCAGAGUUCAUCUGGAAGGUUGUAGUGAAUGAGACAUGGAGAUUUUCUGCUAAAGCCCUGAAUUGAACAUGGAGAGCAAUGCUGUGCCUCAGUUUUCCUUUUAUAUUACUGACAAGCAUUACCCUUGUUUGUGUUCCAUUAUUUACUUUCCAGCAGGCUCCAGGUGUUUUAAACAUGGAUGUGAUACAUCGUUUGAAUCUGAGUUUUCAACAGUGGUGGUGGGGGGGAUACCCAUUUAAUUUCUAAGGACUUUAAAAAAUAUUUUAUAUGCAAAUUCACUCUGACAAACUUUACAUAAAACAUGCACUUUUUUGUAGUCUUUGGAGUGCACCAUACUGAGAAACUUCAAGGAGCCUUUUAAUUAUAAAUUGCCCUAUUAAUAUAAUAAAGGAAGGUGUCUGUUUACCCUUCUGUGUGCACAUAUAACUUUCAUUACUGCUAAUGAGAGUUAAGCUUCCACAUCGGGGGGGGGGGGCAGGAACAAACCCUCAAAUCUUUUCAUAACCACAUAUCACAAAAAAGGUUGAACUCCCUUUUAAGUAAGGAUGGCAAAAUGACCAUAAAACAGACUUCCCAGUAGCUUGUGAUAUUUCUCAUAGUAGUAUUGGUUUAAAGCUACUGCAGUUUGCUUUGGACUUGAAAUUGCAGUGUCAGCUGUGCUGGCUUUAAGGUGGAACAUUUACAUGUUUAUCUGGCACGAGGAUGGAUGCAUGGAAGGAACGUUUUAGGUAUUUAUUAUUUAUGUUUUAGUCAAUGACUAAUUAGUAGGUGCUGCUUUUGCAGCUUGAAGAUUAUGUUAUCUUACUAACUAAAGCUGCCUUUAUUAAGAAAAGGCCUUCCCCCCCGCCCAUGCCUCUCAUCUCUCUUUCUUCCUUCCUGAUUUUGACAGUCAUGAAGCUGUAGUUUUAGGAAAGCUUGUAGCCAUUAUAGCUGGUUGGAAAGUUUCUGUCAAAGCACUGUCCCUGCUUUUCAGCUGGCUCUAGUGGUGAGUUUGUUUUUAAAUCAGUGUUGCCAACAGGUUUAUAUCAUAGAAACACAAUGUUAUUUCUCAUUCAGUAUUUUUUCUAAUACUCGUUUUUAUCGAACAUGCCAUCAUGAAGGUCAGACUUGCUGGGGGAGUCCAGUCCUCUCUGUGAGCUCUUGGGGCUUAGCUACACUGACCAAAUAGGGCUACCAUGGUUAAAGCCCUGUAGAUUGAAUGAAAAAAUAUCACAAUUGCUUAUGUGUUAGGCAAUAACUAAAAAGAUUUCAUUCAUUUUCCUAGUCUUUGGAUCAUUCCAGUUAAAUCUGCUGUUGAAUUCAUUAAAUCCAGUCUGUCAUGUGUGGGGAGGGAUGUGAGUGUGGGGGGGGGGUGUACAUGUGCAUGCACACACACAAAUAACCUGGUUUAUAAAUUUGAUACCUUUUUAAAUAUUAGGAAAGAACAUUUUUAAGGGUUUUGUUGGGAAGUUCACUAUUAAAUUUGUCAGGCCAAAGUUGGCAACAGUCCAGUCUCUCUUACAGUUAGAAUGGUAGCCACCAUUUUUAUCGCUUAAAAUGUAAGGUUCAAAUGACUUAGUUUUAGUUCCUGUUUUGCAAUUCAAAAAAGUCAAACUAUUGCUGAUAUAGCUAUAUACAUUUCUAUGCUUUAUCUAUAUAGAUUCUAUGUUAUGUUGUAAACAUCUCAAAAGAAAUAUUUUAUACCAUUUUAUUUUCUAAAUGGCAAAAAGAGCCUAUAAAUCUAAAUACCAUAGCCAGCUAGUAACACCAGUGCUGCUAUUAAAAUACUAGAUGGUAACAUGAAUAGGUCAAAUCCUGCAGUCCUUUCUCAGGAAAAACUUGUAUGAUUCUGAGUAAGGAUUUCAGUAUGAAACCCAGCAUAAGUAAAAAGCAGCAUAUGUUUAAAAGUAUCAGAGAAUGAACUUCUCUGUUUUCAGCAUCCUUGGAGAUGGGCAUCAAGUUUGGAUCCAGUGGACCAUUUCCUAUCAUAGCUACUAAUCUGAAGAUACAUAAUAUAUAUUGGACAAUAUGACUUAAUUGUUAUGUCUUGUAGUUAUGACAUUACAUUAUGGAAAGCAAGACUGUCUCCAUUAGGGAUCAGAACGUGCCCCAGAACUAUUGCUAAGAUAGCACCAUGCUUAGUGGCUUGUCUGGCUUGAAAAUAGCAGGCACCCAAUGUCUAUGAUGAACCUCUGUCUUUUUAGAAAAGAAUAACUCCACAGAUGUUACAUCCGGUAAAAAGGAGAAUUCAAAGCAGGGGCCCAGAGUUCAUAUGAAAUAAAAAAGUCAUAUAUGUUUCCAUUUGAGCAUGCCAGUAUUAUUUUCAGAGCAUGCUGGCUAGUGAGAUUUUAUGAACAAGACUCCAUUUGAAAGCCAGCUGUGACCAAAUGCCUUCUGUGGGAAAAGAGUAUAUUUCCAUUUGCACAUAUUUGCCCUCUAUGUGUAAUGCUGUACUCAUUUAAACUCCAUGCCCAUGCUGCUAGAUAGCCAUGUGAAACUUCUAAGAUCAACUGGCCUUAUUCGGGCAGAAAAGAAAUGUGGCAGAACAUAGGGUGUCUGCAUACAUUUUUUUAAAAGGAAUUAAAUCCAAAGUCAGUGAUAUGCAAACCUGUUUAUAUGGUAAUAUUAAGCCCUGGAGCUAACAGAAAUUAGCUGAAAUGACAGCUUAUUUUGUAGAUGUGAACAAAAUCUUUCUCUAUGUAGUCUGACUGGACAUGGAGUAAAGAUAUUUAUAUUUUAGGUUUCUGAUAUUUGAAGUUUUUUAGAAUUAAAAUUGUGUCUUCAUAGUUGUGCUGUGAAGGGCAAAGGGGAUGGAGUAUAUUAACAGUUCUUUCAUAGUGGCAAGUAUUUCAACAAGAACUAUACAUCUGUAUUGCUAUUGCUAGGCCUAAAAAUAUAGGAGUGCCAAUUAGUAUGUUAUAGAUUGACUUUCCUAGAUACAGGCUUUAAUGCAGAAUGUCUGGCAAAUGCGACUCCUUAAUGGCAUAUUAAUGGUGAACUUGCAGCACCUUCAAAAGGAUAAGCUCAUGAGUAUUCAACUUCCAUCCAUCUCUCAUAAAUCUUGUGGUUGGUACCAAAAAAGUCAAAAUCACUCUUGUUGAUUGUUAUAGGAAGCAGGACACUGAGUCAGACAAAGAACUGAGAAAAUCCAAAGCUGGUAUAAGGAGGUAAUAAAGGAUAAAAGAAAGGCUGAGUCGUUAGCUUGAGACAAAACUGUAUUUCUUUAUUGCAGCAAAGGGGAUGGUAGCUUCAUGUUCUCGUACACCCAAGCUCAGGAGCCUGAGGAUGCCAAAUCUCAGUUUUGACCUCCCAGCUUUUUAUUCUGUUUGGAAAGUAUUGACUAACUUCCUGUUGAUUUCAGAGGCACCGAAGCUAAAUCAUGCUCUGUCAUUUAGAGGGGAAAUAGAGAACUGCCAGCUUGGCUCCCUGACUUCCCUAAUGCUUCCUAAUUCCCUCUGCUUAGAAGCAACAGCGUGAAUAAAUUCUGUCUUUCCCAGAAUGCCCAAACUGCAAAUAAUUGAUCAAACUAAGCGGUGGCCUAAUGCCCCUGUUUUCUGUUGAGAAAGGAAGUGAUGUGCCCACCUCAUAAGACCAGAGUCCAUAACGCUCUUUGAAAAACUUGACUGUAAGUGAGAAGGGUUGCUUUUGAAAGUCUACUCAGUGCUAAAGGAUAUAAAAAAGGACCUUCUGAAGGUGCUGGCAAUUGGACUAUCUUCUCCCAUGCUCAGAUAUGUGGGUGUUCAGCAUGUUCAGUAAUAGAUUAGUGUAGUUUAUCAACAAAAAAGGCAACCUAUCCAAAAAUGGUUUGCAGUGGCUCCUUGUUCUUAUUUGGCACUGGAAAGCCAACAUUGGAAAGAAUACUUCUAUCUCAGCCAUGCUACACAAUGAUCCCUCCACAGUGGGGGAGAGUAGGUCUCAUGCCUGCUUCUAGCCAGAAAGGAGCUACACUGCAGUGAUGGGGUGGGGGAGCAAUGUGUUAUUUCCACACUGGAAGGAAGGCCUGUGGGCCAUCACAGUGGAUGGAGAGAGCAAUGGGUGGAGAGAACAACGUAGGAGAAACUCUGCAAAGGGUCUUCUCCCCUUUAGGUCACACUUGCAGGUUUUGUUAAAACACAGCCCUUUUUUCUUUGUAUGGUAGGGCAGUCCGAAACAUCUCUUUGCUGUAGCAUAUUCAAAGUAAAUAAUAAUUAGGUUGCAUAACAGUCUCUUGGAAGGUGCAGAGUACAAAGGCUAUGUGAUUAGGGAGUCUUGAAUGGUUAAUUGCACACUUACACCCUGUUGUAGACAUUCAGCACAACAGGUCUGAGUUCCCUCUGACAUCGCUUUCCGCUAGUUCAGCUUCCUUGAUGUCAGCAGACUCCUGUUUCAGAACUGGCGCAAAUGAGAGGGUCAUCAGGCCCAAAGCCAUUGGGGCGAAGGCAAAAAGCAGUGAUAUUGCAUGUUAUCUGACCCAAGGGCCAGGGUAGCAUUUAGGCUGUUUUCAGUUACCUAUGGUGGGUUUUUUUCUAGUGAUGAAUUAUGAUUCUCUAAUUCUGCAGGGUGCCCCCCUUCUUUUUCUCUUUUAUGCUAAUAGUAGUAUAUGGAUCACUCUUUGCUGUUUGCUUCUGCCUCAGUUACCUUCUUUUGCCCAUGGGUGCUACCACAGCUGCUACCUCACUUUAUCUGCAAACACGUUUACCUGCCAACAACAACAACAACAAAGGUACCAGAAAUCUCCUUGAGCUGAAUGUACAGUCUAUGCAAAUUCUCUCUGUUUUGUUAAAACUCAUAAGUAUUACUUGUUACCUUGCCAAAUAAACAGCAAGAUACUGUACAGGUGCCUCUGAUAACAGAGUAACAUUUUUAGGCGCGGUUCAUUGCGCUGCAGUUGUAUAUUGUAAUGACUGACUUGUCUUUGGAUCUGUUGUAAUUAAUACUCUUGAAUGAGAAGAUAGUAAUCUCUCGUGUUCAAGGAGCACCUUCAGUUUGCUGGGAAUGUUGUGGAGGAAGAUGGCGACUGCGUUUUACUCUAUUUUUCAUGUUUGUUUUAAGAAGACGACACAGGCCUAGCGAUCAAAAAAGGUAUUGUUUCAGAUUUUUCCAGUGUGUUACCCCAUAAAAAAGCCUUACUUUCAUCCUUUCUUUCAAUGUGGCCUUAAACAGUAUUAGAAAGUUAGAUGCUACAUGUGCGUGCGUCUCUCUCUCUGUUUGCUGUAAGUGGAAUAAAAGGCACCUUGAAAUUUCUGUUACAACUCUGAGCUGUGUAGCUGUCAGCUUAUGCUUCACAAAUAAAAUUGAAAUUGCUUACAAAUGCAGUCUUUAAGGGGAAAAGAUGACCUUGCCUUUGGGGAAAAGGAAGGCUUGAGCUCUCUUCUAACCUGAGCAAAUAAUGCAAGUUCUCUUCUGCAACUUACUUCUGGUGAAGACAGUUGACUUAAUUACUUACAGGUACGACUUCCCUGUGUAAUGAUUUUCUGUUUGUCUGCAAGGAUAGAUUCUGGCCUUGGUUAUGCCAAUCUGGAGUCACUCCUCUUAUUCCAAUGGGACUUCAGAGUAGUUCCUCCCAGAUUUACAUUGCUGUAGCAGAGAUGAGAAUCUGCUCUGGAAUCUUUCUGCACUUCACUAGAAGUUAAAUAAGAACUGUUGAGAUUCAGGCCAGAUUUUAAAAGGUAUUUAAGCACCAGGUUAUUAGGAUCUUCAAUGCCUUUAAAAACCUGCCCCUUAGAGCUUGAUCCAAAGCCCACUGAAGUGCAUAAAAACUGUCUUCAGUGGACUUCUGAUCUGUGCUAUGCACAUUUUUCUUUGCUCUUCUUGCAUCUUUGGCAAUGGGAACUAUAGCAAUUCAAUAGAGCCAAUAUUCCCGGCAGGCUGGCAGUGCUUUUGAGGAACCUAUGUUCUAUCUUGUUUCUCUGUCCUGAGGCUGCUACAACCCAAAGACAAUUGAAAAGGGUUUACAUAGAAAAAAUGGUUUGUGACACAAAAAUAGUUUAAUUUGAGUUAAUGAAAUUAUCUCUCUAACCUUGUUUUUAUGUUUGUGUUGAGUUGAUUGGAUUUUUGUAUUGGUUAACCCACUCCAUAAUAAGUUAUUCCUGUUCCCUCAUUUUCAGAGACUGGCGGUAAUAUAGUUUUAAGAAAUAACUAUUUUGUUAUAGAUCAUAAUAUGCAUAAAACUGUACAGAAAUAUUUUGUAAGCUAUUGAUUAAGGAAUAAAAACAUGUAUAUACAGUAAAGUUUUAAAAAAUUGGGAAUUCAAAUGGCACACACUGAAAGAUGUAGAUAUUUUGCUAUUUAUUUAAAGGAGUAUUUUAUGAGGUAUUAAAAUGUCUUAAAUUGACUGGUAAUCACAGUUCAAAAGUCAGAAUGCUUUUCUUGUAGUAGAAUGUGAUUUUCAGCAAUUAUUGCACUACCCAUUUUUGCACCCUUUUUGUCUUUCAUUUAGCAGAAAAACAAUGUGCCUUAGCUGUAUUCCUUGUCUAUGGGAGUUUGGGUUUUUGUCUGAAAAAGCAAAUUUUUUUGCAGAACAAGAAAUGGAUGUAUUGAAUACUGUAUUAUACCAAAAACGCUGCGGUUGUAUAUACAUGCUUUCUGUCCUACUGUGUUUUCAGAUGCAGAAUUUUAAAAUUAAAAAAAAAGUCUGUCUUUAGUAA